AUGUUGAACACGAAUCAGGGCCUGGACGGCAGGUUUGCGCAGUUCCAGGGGCAAGGCCAGCCGGGCGGCGGCGCCGCCACAGGAGGCGGCUUCCCCGGCCUCGGCAGCAACAUGCAAGCGCUGCAGUCGCUCCAGGCCGGCACCUUUGGGCUGCAGAACCCACUGCAGGCCGGCAGGCCGGGGAUGGGUGGCCUGCAAGGCGCCGUCGGAGGCCAGGCGGCGGCGCUCGGCGCGCAGCAGCGGCUAGGCGCGGGCGGCGGCCUGGCGCCAAACCUACAGCAGCUGGGGCUGGGGCAGGCGCCGGGAGGGCGCGUGGGCCUGCCGGGGCAGCAGUUUGCCGGCGUCAACGGGCUGGCGGGCGUGGGGCGGUCGGGCCUGGGCGGCGGCGGCGUGGCGGGCCUCAACCCCGCGCUCACGCAGCAGGGGCUGGCCAACCGCAACGCCACCGUGGGCGGCGUGGGGCUGCCUGCCGGCGCGCUGGGAGGGUAUAGCGCCAACCUGGCGGCGCUGCAGGGGCGCCCCGGCGCCGCGCAGGCGGGCAUGCCGGGCCUCAGCGGCCUGGGAGGCAGGCUUGGCGGCCUAAGCGGGCUGGGAGCGGGCGGCGCCUCGGGCUUUGGCGCGCCUUCGGGAGACCUGCUGUCGAUGCUCAACAAGACGGGAGGGCGGCAGGAGCAGCAGCAGCACGGCGGCGGCGGCCAUGAAGCCCCCGCCUUUGAUGCCUCCGACUUCCCAUCCCUGACCGCCGCAGGCGGCGGCGUCGGCGGAGGGGUCUGA